GGGGGUUCACUCUCCUAUAAAUUAAACCCGUCGAUCCCUAAUGAUCAAGCACAUGCAAACCUGAGAAGCUAGCUAGCAAAUAGCUUUCUGCCUCGUUCUCUCUCUCAACGUACACACCUCUCGAUCUCUCUAUCUGCCAUGGCUGACACAACUACAUUUCAGCUCGUUGAAGGGCCUCAUUAUAAACCCACCAUUACUGAUUUCUCCAAGGACCCCAUAUCCAUCACCACCACUUUUCCGACCGAUACCAUACAGCUGUUGAUGAUAAAAUCCCUACCAUCGAUUACUUCAUGCUCUUCUCUGACGACCCAGAUCAACGGUCCCUAGCCAUCAAAUCCCUUGGCUGUGCCUGCGAGGAUUAUGGCUUCUUCUGGUAAAUCAUGGUGUGGCAGAAAGCAUUUUCGAGGGUGUAUUCAAGGGAAUGUCUGAUUUCUUUGAUCCAGAGCAAGUAGAGGAUCGGAGGCAGAACGAAAAGAAGCAUCCAACCGAUAGGAUCAGGUGGGGCCUGCGUUCUUAUCCUGGGGAGAACAGAGAAUAUCUCAAGUGAGGCUAUGCAAGAGUUCAAAAGGCUGCGAGAGGGUGAUACAGUGUUUGGCAAGGGCAGUAUCAGAGAGCUUGGGAUUGGAAGAAUGCUGUUGGAUAAUAUGCAAAAACGUAUUUAAAAUUGGAGAUUUGAUAAAAUGGAAGAGGUUAAGAAAAAUUAUUUUUUGUAAAAAAAAAGAAAAGAGUGACCGAGACUAAUUCUAAUUUAAAGGAAGUGAAGAGCUAAAAACUAAAGAAGAAAUGCACGGUAUAAUUAUUUUUUUUUAAUUUGAUUAAUAAUUCUAAAAUUUGAUAGUUUCGUUAUUUUUCAUUGCUAAAUUAUCAAAUUCUCUCUAAAAAAUUUAAAAUUUGAAGUUUAAUUGGAAUUACCUUUUUAUAACUUCCAAAUUGUUAUUUCCGAAUUUCCCAUACAAUAUUUUUUUUUUUUUAGAUACAAAACAAAUUGGUACAAAUAUAUAUAUAAGCUUAAAAAAGACGGUUCAAAGUAACAACCAUCAUAUGCUUUGCUGUUUCCUUUUCAAUACAUGUAAAAAUACAGCUCAUAUGAGUACAUAUGUCAACCUAUCAACUAUCUACUCAAUACAUUUAAGGCUAGCUUACGUGUGGCAACUUGCUAUGGUUUUAGUAAACAAUUUGACUUCCUUACAUUAAUUGCAAUACACAUGUCAACUUUCUACUCUCUUAACCAUGAAGUAUCCAAAUCAAACUUUUUCCAUGCUGCCGACUUUACUACAAAAUUACAAAUUAUUUAUUAUAAUUAUUAACCAAUUAUUUAUUGUAAUUAUUAUUUUAGUUUUUAACAAAUGCUACAUAGAAAAGGCAUUCAAUUUUGAGUCGGGGUUUGAAGUAUCAGCUAUGAACCUUUACCCACCCAAUUUCAAAUCAAAUGGUACUAUGGGUAUAUCCGAUCACACUGAUCCUGGCUUAUUUGUGUCCCUUAUACAAAAUGUUAACGGUGGCCUCCAAAUACUAUCCCAUCAAGGAAAAUGGAUCAAUGCUUACAUUCCCCGUAAUGCUAUUUUCAUGCAAAUUGGGGAUCAUCUUGAGAUUUUGAGCAACGGAAAAAACAAGAGCCAUGUGCAUCGAGUAGUGGUGGAGAAGAACAAAGCGAGGAGGCUAACUGUGGCCACACUUCAUGGACCGUCAUUGGAUACAUUUGUGAGCCCAGCGGUCGAGUUUUUGGACGACUCUCACCCCCCAUUGUACCGUGGAAAGACGUACAAGCAGUCCUUGGAAGCCAAUGGUCAUGACGAGAUUGAUGUGCAAUUUAGCCUCCAACAAAUUCGGCUUGCUUAACUCGAACCCUUAAAAAACUAAUGUGAUCCAAAUAUCUGAUUAGUAUGUAACCAAUGAUUACCCAUCCAAGUCGAUAGGUUGUCUUGGAUUAAUUUUUAUAUUCCAAUUGUCGUAUGUCUUAAUAAAUUUGUCAUUAGUACUAGUA